UUAAAUGUAAAUGACACACAUUACGAUUAACAAUGUACUCCGGACGUGUCCUAGUUGGCUUCUGGCUAGACAAACUCCAGCUCGAAAUGGAACAACGCGAGGAACAAGACAAAAAGCGUAAAAAAGGUUUAUUGAUAUGUCAGCGUCGUCGUCGCUUAAUCCACAACUUCAUUCGCGGCGUGCCAUUGCCAACGAAUCCAUCCUGCGAUUACAUAAAAUUUGGUCAACAUGUGCAAGUACACGCGCCGGAGGUGAUCGAUAUGACGUACAAACUGGAAAGCGAUCGAGGAUGUCCUGACGCUGAGAUACCUUGGGGGCCAAGGCAGUUGGGUUUAACACUUGCUGCCACUGCUGCUUACGAGGACAUCGAGAUCGCCAGAAUGGUUGAUGGUUGCGCUGUUGCUUGCUCACCUUACAGGUGUCCUGCUUCUAGAAAUAUUUUCAAAAUCGUCGAUGUCGAUUUCGGGACCGAGGGUGACUGCCUUACAUUUGGACGACAGUUUUAUUUGCAGCUGCCUUAUGCAAAUGAAAUUUUAUACCUGCGAUCGGAAACACCUCUUAUUGAUGGUCAAUUCGGCCCCAAAUAUCACAAUCCUCUGCGCUUGAAUGUUACCAAAGAUUGUUAUGCAAAGUGGAGAGCUCUUUACUGGAACAGACAGCAGAGAUUCGAGACAGAAGGAGAUCCCAUUCCACCAUGCAUAAGGAUUGUGAUUCAACACGUGAUGACUGGCCAAUGCCUUGCAGUGGAAAAUCUUAAAUGGCAUCGUAGUAUUCUCGGUUAUGAGUGUGGUGCAUCGGCUCACACUUACGCAGACGUGCAUCGCAAUGAAACAUCUGAAUGCAUUUGGAACUUUAUCAUUCCGCGGAAUUACAACUAGCAUACUGAAAAGUGAGCAUUAUCAAUAUUUGUACAAAUAAAGCAAAAGAAAACAUCAAUGUCAAAUUACUAUAAAAUCUAUAAAUAAAACUAAUUUAUGUACAACUGUUACUUUUUUUUUAUCCAGUC